AUGGGGGUUUUGCUCAAACAAGUUUUGAGGACUCUGUGCUCAAGGAAUCGCUGGUCUUAUGCCGUGUUCUGGAAGAUCGGUUGCAACAAUUCCAAGUUGUUAAUCUGGGAAGAUUACUACUAUGAACCCUUGCCAUCUCCUUUCCCUCCACGAACUGUGGGGAUGUCUAAUUUUCCGUACCGAGAUGGGGAAGGAUGCUGGUUUUCUUCUGAGUCUCAGCUGGGGAUUCAGGAGGAAGACAGAGUCUGUGGACUGAUUAACAAAAUGAUGGUGAAUACUUCAGUCAGUAUUGCUGGAGAAGGGAUAGUUGGACGGGCAGCAUUUACAGGAAAUUAUCAGUGGAUUCUUACGAACAAUUUCAGUAGAGAUGCAUAUCCACCAGAGGUAUAUCCUGAGUUGCAUUACCAAUUUUCAGCUGGAAUGCAGACGGUAGCAGUUAUACCUGUGCUUCCCCAUGGGGUUGUUCAAUUUGCUUCUUUGUUACCAAUAAUGGAAGAUAUUGGAUUUGUGAAUGAUGUGAAGAACUUGAUCUUGCAAUUGGGAUGUGUACCUGGUGCCCUUCUAUCUGAAGAUUAUUCAGCAAAAGUUUCUAAUGAAAGAAUUGGUGUACCUGUCACUGUUGAUCCACCUGUCGUUACUUCUAACUGCACUCCCUUGGCAGUUAAUGAUUCCAACCAACUAACCAAUUCUACUCUUGCUGCAAGGCCUGUUGCUCCAUCACCACAUCCUCCAAGGGGAGAAACAAAUAAUUACCAGGGUUCUGUAUUGACACCUCAAACCUAUGAAUCAAACCACAUAUUUGAUAGCAUUUGCCAACCAAAGGCUCAUUCAAUGAUCAAAACAAAUGCCUGUGUCCAACAGAAGAAGACAGUUGUUGAGGCUGAAGCUAAAGUGAUACCAAAUUUUGAUUCAUGUAUGCAGCAGCAUUCUGCUUAUAAUGCUAGAUCUAUAUUCAAUGAAUUAGCUGGUUUCAAUCAAUCAAAUCUGAGUUGCAGCCUUAACUAUAUGGAACAAAAAAUAUCAGGUGUUGGAAGACAGAGUCACGUUUAUCCUAACAUGAAUCCAUCAAGUGCCUUAAAUAUACCUCAACUGAAAACAGAUGGAGACAAAAUUCUUGAAAAGAAUCACAGUUCUGGUAGCAGUUCACUAUUUGGAGGAAUCCCAAUAUGUGGUGGGAGUAAUCUUUUGAGGACAAAUAUGAAUAACUGCUCGGUUUCAAAUUCUCCCAAAGUAACCACUUCUGAAUUUUCUGGAACUCACAAGUUUGGGUUUGGACUUCAGAAAAACAAUUCAACAACUGAUGUUGGGCUCUGUUCUGUGCCUAAUUUCUGUAAUCAAUCAGUUAACAGUCAUGUGAAUCUAGAAAGCUCUGGUCAGAAGAACCUUCCCAUUGAUUUAAAGCAUGCUUGUGAUUCUUUCCUUUCAACUGAUGAAAGGAUACAUGAUGAUUUGCUUCAGGCCGCCCUUAAGAUUCCAUACCUACAUCAUGAGGAGCCUGUGCAUGUGGGUGAUAACAUCCCUGGUUUUGUUCAAGAUUGCCAUGAUAAAGAUACUUCUAGUCAAAAUAUGGUGAAAAUGAAUGUUAAGCAUGAAGAUGCCUAUACUCAGCUUCCAUCAGGUGAUGAUCUCUUCGAUGUUUUAGGUGUGGAUUUGAAAAGGAGACUUCUCAAUGGAAACUGGGAUAAGUUGCUUGCCACUGAUUCAGAUGCCAACAAAGAAUGUCUGGAUAGAAAGGCAACAUGCAUGAAUUUGCAAGGUGUACGGCCUGAGAAUAGCUAUUCAGUUAAAGAUGCAAUAUCAGACAGUGGCAUCUUCUCUGGAACAGGCACGGACCACCUCUUAGAUGCUGUUGUUUCAAAAGCUCAAUCUGCUCCAAAACAGAAUUCUGAUGAAAUGUCUUGCAGGACAACAUUGACAAGGGUUAGUACUGCCUCUGUUUCCUCUCCUGGCUGCAAGCAGGUUAUGUCUGAUCAUGUCCGGAGGGGAUUGUUUGAUUUUCCUAAGACCGGGGCUAAAAGAGCUGCUGCAGAAACAAGUUCUCUUCGGUCUGGCUGCAGCAAGGAUGAUGCUGGAAACUGCUCUCAAACUACUUCCAUAUAUGGUUCUAAGCUUAGUUCGUGGGUUGAGAAUGGUAGUAAUGUGAAACGUGAAAGCAGUGUUUCAACUGGAUACUCUAAGAGACCAGAAGAAGUUUGCAAAUCGAAUAGGAAAAGACUUAAACCUGGAGAGAAUCCCAGACCUCGACCUAAAGAUCGCCAAAUGAUUCAAGAUCGUGUGAAAGAACUAAGAGAAAUUGUGCCAAAUGGAGCAAAAUGUAGCAUAGAUGCACUUCUGGAAAAGACCAUCAAGCAUAUGCUUUUCCUGCAAAGUGUAACAAAGCAUGCUGACAAGCUGAAACAGACAGGGGAAUCUAAGAUUGUUAGUAAAGAAGGUGGCUUGCUAUUAAAAGAUAACUUUGAGGGAGGGGCUACAUGGGCAUAUGAGCUUGGCUCGCAAUCAAUGGUUUGUCCAAUCAUUGUUGAGGAUCUUAAUCCUCCUCGUCAGAUGCUAGUAGAGAUUCUUUGUGAGGAACGGGGUUUCUUUCUGGAAAUAGCUGACUUAAUCAGAGGAUUAGGCUUAACCAUCUUGAAGGGAGUUAUGGAAGCUCGUAAUGACAAGAUCUGGGCACGCUUUGCUGUUGAGGCAAACAGGGACGUGACGAGGAUGGAAAUAUUUAUGUCACUGGUUCGUCUUUUGGAUCAAACAGUAAAGGGUGGUGCAUCUUCAUCGAAUGCAAUUGAUAACAACAUGAUGGUGUAUCAUUCUUUCCCACAAACUACCCAGAUACCAGCAACUGUGCCUGCCAAUGUGACAUCCUGUGAUUUACAAAAGGGAGGUCACGAGUUUGACCAUCAAGCCCUUCUGUGUGGUUUCUAUCAGUCUAAUGCUAAAUGA